AUGCUUCCGGCCGUAAGUAUUGUUAUAACCAACAGUGUUGAAAUAGACACGAGAGCGAACGAAGAGCCUGACCGCCAUGGCGUAGUUGCGUGGAAUUUUUAUGAUAGCAGUGCGGGUGCACCUGUGGAGACAGCAUAUUCUGAACUAUCUAUUCAACAACAGAAUGUCAACUUUUUAGCCGCCCAAUUUGCCGUUGAUGAGAGAGAGACGGUGUCUAUCCUAGGGCAUAACUUUUCAAAUACAUUUUUUCAAUAUCACGAGGCAUGUGUUCAAGUUGUAUCUACGACAGAGGCAAACAGACAAGUGACUACUGGAAGUGGAAUACUGAUCAAGUUUUCUAAAACACAGCUAAUGCUUGUCACAGCGGCUCAUGUAAUUCAGGAUAGUAAUGCAAAUAUUAAAAUUAUGCUGGAACAAAACUAUCAAGCCAUCAGGACGAAACCGGGUAGAGUUAACGCUGAACAAGUUACAAUCGUUUUGCAAGAUCCUACUAUUAAAUUUGAUCGUAACCGCGACGCCGCUGUAGUAAUUUUAAAUAAUACAGACAGUGAAUGCGUGCUAAAUAGAGCAAACCGAUUUCCUUCCCCAUGCCUUGAUGAAAACGAUAGUGACAUGUCUACCGCCAUUCUUAUUCAUUAUGCCGAGGGAAAUCAUAAGCAAGUGAGUAGUGGCGAAAGAGAAGGAAUCGAAGGGAAAUUUAUGUUGUUAAAGUCACGAUAUCGCAUACGUGCGGGCCCAGGAGCGAGUGGAGCGCCGUUAUUCAAUUUAAAAGGUGAAGUUGUUGCUAUUCUGAAAAGCCAUGAGAGCAUUAAUGAAGAGAUACGAAAUUUUGUUCCUAUAUCAUUGGGAAGUAUCAUACGUGGAACGUGUGAUGAAACCAGAGUUAACACAUUGGAAGAAUACAUUUUUGAGUGCAAUGAAGGUAAGGAGUCCGAACUGAUAUUGUCGAAUAAUGUUAAAAUUUGGGAAAAUCACAGGCGAUGUCGUGUGCCAUGUUUAACUGAACUGUGCGUGAGGGAUAAACUUACCAUUCUCAAAAAGGAGAAAUUUCAAGCCAUAUUACACGCGACGGUAUUCGAUUGUUUAGGCCAGGGAGGUGCACAUAAGGACACAAAAAAGUGGUCGUUGCAAGGUGAAGUCGAAAGUGACCAUUUCCCGCCCCAUAAUGCUUUUCAUGAGGCUUAUAAACAGAACGGCUGUCGUAAUGAAGCUGUGAAAAAGCUAUUUGAAAGCAAUAAAUCUGGAAAAAGACCGGGUGAAAACCUGCUACCAGCAAUAACUAUCCCGAAAGCUAUCCAUGGAAUACUUGAUACAACUCGGAGUGUAGAGUUUAGAUUAACUCAACAAAAUAAUAUUGAGUCAGGAAAUGUUGAUAAUGCUAUUGCAUUAAAUUUUCAAAAUUAUUCCCAGAAAGGUCUAUUUAAACGAUCCAAUUACGUCUGCUGUGAUACGGAAUUUGAAAAACUAUUGAACAAGUACAUGAAAGGCUUUAAAGAUGCGUUAAAAAGGCAUGAACAACUCGGUUUUAUUGACGCGAAUAAAAGACGCGAACUGGAGAGAUACAUUCAAAAACGUAUGUGUAACACUAUAAACGGCAGUCAGCUAGAAUUCGAACAUCUGAUCUGCAUAAAGGACUGGUAA